UGAGAGGACACAUAAGAUGGCGGACAAUACCGGAACAGAGAACUGGCCAGUAUUAAUUUGAAAUUAUGCUGGACCGACUAGGAUGCACCGAUAAUUGAUUCCCUUAUUUUCCGACCGUAUGAUAUUUUUUUCGUAGGACGUCAGAUUCGAAUCAGUUCGAACAUUCGUACCGCUUUUGAUCGUAACGUUAGAAGAAUAUGCGGGUAGACCGAGGCUUCUGACCGCCGUAAACACGCUUCCGAUCGAGUGCUACAAUUUUCGUUAAUUCCUCUACGGCGGCGAGCACUCUCCUAUUGUAAAUUAUUAAUUAUUGUAAAUCGGACAGCGGACAGCGUAACGCCGGUACGAGAGGAUGCUUUACUUGGAAGAUUAUGUCGAAAUGAUUGAGCAUCUCCCACAAGAAUUAAGGGAUCGGUUCACUGAAAUGAGAGAAAUGGAUUUAGGUGUACAAAAUUCUAUGGAUAGUUUAGAGAAAAAAGUCAAGACAUUCUUUUCAAAUGCCAAAAAAAUGAAGCCUAACGAAAAAGAAGCGGAAUAUGAAGCUAUUAGAAGAGAAUAUUAUAAAACUUUAGAAGAUGCGGAUGAAAAAGUACACUUAGCGAAUCAAAUGUACGAUUUAGUAGACAGAUAUUUAAGAAGGUUAGAUCAAGAAUUGCACAAAUUUAAAAUGGAGCUAGAGGCCGAUAAUAAGGGAAUUACAGAAAUUUUGGAAAAAAGAUCUUUGGAGUUAGAUCAACCCUCUACGAAUAGCAGUCAAAAAGAAAAUCAUUAUAGUUUUACGCCUAGUAGAUCGCGAGACAAUCAUGGCCACUCUCGAUCAGAGAAAAGGAGAGAUUCCAAUACGUCUUCUACUUCUAUAGAGAAACGAUUAGCGAUAGAAAAAAUUCCUCCAAGUCUUCCUGAGUCCCGGCCGACAUCGACUAAUUCCGGACCAAUAAUAGCACCUACAAGCGUGCCAUCAACCCCAUCCGCUAUCGUGAAUUCGGUUGGCCCUGUGAGCUAUAAUCUUGGCCAUAUAGGUGCCGGUGGUAAUGCCAUAGCGGCAGCUGCUUCUCAAGCUAUAGCUGCAACGCAACAAAUGCAACAAGGCAGGCGGACAGCUAGUUUAAAAGCUAGUUACGAGGCCAUUAAUACCGGAGGCGUCCAUGCUGCCGAAUUUAGUAGAGAAUUAGCUGGAGCUGCUCAGACUGCUAUCGCAGCUAUUCAAGAAACAACUAAAAAGAAUAAAAAGAAAGUAAAUGCUGCCAUUCCAAGCUCAAGCGUCAUCGCUGCCACGGUUCAGCAACCUGUAUCACCACCGGUCGUAACGACGACGACGACGACAACGGUAACAGACUCGGAUAAUACAGAUUGGACGUAUGAUCCCAAUGAACCCAGAUAUUGCAUAUGCAAUCAAGUAUCCUAUGGAGAUAUGGUUGCUUGCGAUAAUUCAGACUGCCCUUUCGAAUGGUUCCACUACCCGUGCGUAGGUAUUACCGCGCCACCAAAAGGGAAGUGGUACUGUCCUCAAUGUACAUCUUCUAUGAAGAGACGAGGAGGUCGAAAAAACUAAUUUCACUGUAAUUAGUGCAUAAACUACAAGAAUGGAUUGCUACUACCUCUUAGGCACUGUUUAUCGGGUACCAACUUAGUUAGGAAUCUGUUAAUUUUCAUUUUAUAUGACUUUUUAAACGCGUUAAAGUUUAAGUCAUUACCUUAUAUUCGGGCUUGGUCUUGCGUAUUUAAGCUUUGAGUUUCUGUUUAGUCAAGCAGAAGGCUGACCAAGAAAAAGAAGUUUAGUGACACAUUUGAUCUUUCUCGCUGGACUUUUUUUAUUGCGUUUUGUAGGAGACCGGAAGAUGUCGAGUGAGGUGAUGCGAACAGUAAUUAAAUCCUCUGUUGAAUUCUAUUAUUAAAUUUUCAAACUAUCUUAUCAUCAUCGUCGUCAUCAUCACCAUCAUCAUUAUCAUCAUCGUCAUCAUCAUUAUUAUUAUUAUUAUCAGUAUUAUUAUUAUCAUUAUUAUUAUCGUCUGUAAUGAUUUUGCUAACUUUUCGCAUCAUCCUACACUGCGACCACUUUUAGCUAGUUUCUAUAAAUUCACAUUGGAAAAUAAAGUUUUUUCCUCUUGACUAAAUAUACGAUCCAUGGGACUGAUAAUAAUAAUAAUAAUAAUAACGAUAAUAAUAAUAAUAAUAAUAAUAAUAAUAUUAAUAAUAAUAAUAUUAAUAGUAAUAAUAAUAUUAAUAUUAAUAAUAAUAAUAAUAACAAUAACAACAAUAAUAAUAGUAAUAGUAAUAAUAAUAAUAAUAAUAAUAGUAAUAAUAAUAAUAAUAAUAGCAGGGAUACGAAAUUAAUUUUCUGAAAAAUCAACGUAUCUACUUUUGCGUUACGUUCUUGACUAAAAUCUCAUCUAGUUUGACAUAUAAUUAUUAGUUUGGACAAGCUUAAUGAGACCGCUCGAUUCAAUUGCAAACGAUUCGGAACAAUGAAUGAACGAGCGAGGCUAAUAAAAAUUCUAAGUGUUUACGCUUUCGAAGGAAAAAAAAGUAUAUAUAUAAAAAAGAAAAAACGGGAAAAAAGCAUGGCAGAAAAAAAAAAGAAAGAAUAAGAUACGGUGAUGUGUGUGUGUAUGUGUGUGUGAGAGAGAGGGAGAAUAGAGAGGAAAAGAAAGAAAAAAAAUCAUUACUGGGACUACUAAUUUCAAAAUGAAGAACUGUAGUGACUUCGUGUAUAAAAUAAAAUGAACGAUGCAGAAAUA